AUGACGGCUCCAAAUCUCACUCUAGCCGAAACUCCUACCACAGCGGAUUUCGGGACCAUUAGGAGGACAGUUCGCUUUGGCAUCGACGAGCUUAAACACAAGAUCGCGGAUGGCUUCCGGGAACUAGAAGUAGCACACACUCUUACCGCGACUGAUUUUGGGCCUAUAAGGGAGAUAGUCGGCCCUAGACUCGAUGAACUUAAAAACACAAUAGAGGAUGGUUUCCGGGACUUGAGGCAAGAACUAGCUAUAGAACCAAGAGGGGUGAGCCUUCCCUAUAGCCAUAGAUACCCGUCGACACUGGAGAGAAGACAGCAAUUGUAUAUCCAACAGCUAGAAGAAGAGAGAGAACGCCUACGGGGGCAAGUCCAGGCAAAUUUACCUUCUAGCCCAGGUAAUACAGAUUCAUCCGCAUCAAUAACGGCACUAGAAGCGCGGAUCAGGCAGCUCGAAGAUACAAUUGUAGAUCUGGUGUGGAAGAAUCAGCAACUAACAGAUAUGAAAAACGCCAUCAAUAGCGCGACUCAACAAGAUCAUGAUGAGCAUGAACACAAUUUGCAUCCUACGGAUGACCAUAUCGACCAAGCUUUCACCACAAUCGCAGACCAAAUCCACAGCAUCGUCCAGCGCUAUUGCAUCGUUGAUCCGUCAGCACGGCUUAUCACCCCAGAUGAUGGUACUACGCCGUGUUCCCCAGUAACCUUGCUGCAGCGCGAGCUUCUAGGGGAAUGGAGUAGAGGGCUCUCUAAGGAACGACUUGAAUACCGUAUUCAAGCGGCCUUGUUUAUAGCCAUACAAGAUACCAUAUUUAGAUCCCCAUAUUUUGGACUAGAGGAUUUCCAUCGGGGCGUAGAGGGACUAGAUAUCGAGAGGAACUUGGAAAAGUUUGAAACACAUUUGACCGUUCUAGAUGCACAUGGGGUUCAUCGAGCAAAUAUCGCAGAAUGGCGAGCACGCACAGUCCAAUGCGCGCAUUGGCUGUCGGAUUCGUAUACGGGAUGGGGACUCAUGCCAGCAUAUAGCUCUAAAGCUGAGCAGCUCACUGUCGGGAUUGAGCAAUUGUUGGCGCCAAUCACCCAAAAUUCGCAAAAUCAAGACCUUCAUAAUGCAGUACUCGGCUUAUGCCAAUCUGGCUUCCGCCUUAUGCUGCUUUUGAGGCUCUCCAGAGACGAUUUUGUAAUUGAGAUGCCCACGGAAGGCAUGACAAUAGUGGAUGAUAAUCAUUUCGUUUAUGGAAUCGAUGGAGCUGGAUCACAGUUGUUCGAAGAGGGAACACUUUUUGAUAUUGCGUUUGCAAUAAAGGGCAUGUUAGUUAGACGAACCAGGUCGGGGGAUGCGCAAAGGGUAGUAUCCAAAGCGCAUGUUGUGGUUAAGAGUAACCCAAAUCUCCAACCAACUGUGGAAGUCGUGCCAGGUGAGGAAGAGGAACUCUAA